AUGGGUUCCUCCUUCAUAAAUUUCAUACUCCUAUCUACAUUUUUGUUGUAUAUUAUUGGUGUUUCUGCAACUGGCAAGCAAUGCUCGGAUAUCAUAACCAUUCGAGACAACGAAAACGACACCGUAAACGCUAGAAUAUUAUAUUUCGAAGGAGGUGGCCAACAAAUCGCUGAAAUUUCAUGUGAAGGAGAGACCAGUGGAGUAGUUGAGCUGAUUGCCAAUGAGAGAUCACUAGGAGUCAUUGACAACCGAUUCCAUCGUGCAAUUUGUAGACUUGGCAGAUGGUAUUCACUGAACAAGUAUGGUGGUAUCACAGUGGUAAAAGAUGUGGCAUGUUUGGUUCAUCUUUAA